AGUUGUGUGGUCUGCACAAGAGACCUACCUUCAGAAGCCUUCCCUGUCACGGACUGUAGUCGCCACUACCACGAUUCAGAUGUCUGCAAGAGAUGUUUCAACAAAUACAUCGUCGGACACAUCAAUGCCGGCAAUACAAACAUCGCAUGCGUGGAGUGCUCCGAGCGCCUCAGCUACGAAGACAUCCAGAAGAUUGUCUCCAAGACGUCUCUUUCAAAGUAUGACAAAGUCUUGACAAAGGCAGUCAUUGAGGAUGAAGCAGACUUCCAUUACUGUCUGUCGGCAAAGUGCAAGUCUGGCCAGGUUCAUAUUGGGGGCGAUGAUCAGCCCGUGUUCCAGUGCAACGCUUGUCACCAUAAGCAAUGCGUCGCCUGCCACAUGCCUUGGCAUGAGGGCGAGAGCUGCGAUGAAUAUCAGGCUCGUCACGAUGAAAGCAAUCGCGACUUUGAGAAUGAGAGAGCAGAAGCCUUUAUCAUAAAAACCUUUACGUCUUGCCCCAGAUGCAAAGUCUUCAUUGACAAAGCUGGUGGAUGUGACCAUAUCACCUGCUCCCAAUGUUCCUACGAGUUCUGUUACGGAUGCUCGGCAGACUACAAGGCUAUCCUCAGAGACGACAACAGCCGUCACAAGCGCAGUUGUAAACACUAC